UGACUGCAUGACAGUGCAUGUUAAAUUUGGGAGCACAGCUACACUGCCAUGUGACUACAGUACAUCACAGUAUGCGUACUGGCAGAGGGGUCAGGAUGUGGCAUUUUCAAUGAAGAAUGGAAUUCCAGAGACAAAACAUAUAUCACCAAUAUAUGUUAACCGGACCAGCGUCAAUGCAAUUAACUUUUCCUUGGAAUUAUCACAUACGCAAAUAUCAGAUGAAGGAAACUACGACUGCUAUGUUUCUUAUCAAGACAAAGUUGAAGUCAGAAAAACAGUGAAACUAAGCAUUGUAGCAAGCUACAGUAAGCCAUCUAUCUCUGUAUCUGAAUUCUGGAAAUUCAACAAUUCUGCAACAGCUAUAAACGUCACAUGUUCUUCUACUGGAGGAUAUCCUAAUGCAACUCUUCACUGGAUCAACGAAAAUGAGAACUGUACUUUGGAAAAUGGUCCAGAACCUGAAAGCAUACAAGAUUCCAUAACCAAACUUUACAAUAUUACCAGUCAGUUGACAGUCAUCAUCAAGGUUAAUACAACUCUUGUCUGCUUAGUGGAAAACACAGAAACUCAAGAGGUUAUUACUGCUGUAAUUAAUCUGAGUCCACAUCAACUAGAAAAAUAUGAUUCUGUACUGAUAUGUGUUGCAACUGCCUUCAGUUUUUGUAUCUUGGCAGCAUCGAUACUGGCGCUGAAGAGAAGGAAACCUCAACCUUGUAAUCACAAUGGAGAGCCAUGUACCUGUAUCAGGUGCAAAGAAAGGAAUUUAGAAACAGAGACAACACAAGAAAUGAUUGAUCACACCCUGCCUACUGUAGCAAGUCGUACAAGUGAAACUACUUCUCCCACACCAUCUGCCCCAGAGGGGCAUUUUUACGUUGAGGCAUACAACAUUUAAAGAACAAUUGCUUACUUGACAAUCCUUGUGUGACACUAUGGAGAAACAAUCACAUUUUCUACUUCAAAACUGAAUAAUGUGGAGAGUUCAGAUGUAUUUAUGCCACUAUGUUGUUGAAAUUCCUCUGAGGCAAUGGCAUCUUGUAAUCCAACAAAGUCAUGAAGAAUUUUCUUCUUUUUCAAAAUUAGUUGAAAGGCUUAUACAUGGGCUCAUAUGAUAGCAAGCAUUAGAGUGAUGCUUGUGCAUCUACAGUCAAAUCACUGGAUUCCCUAUUGCACGUUUUCAAUAUAUGACAUUGCUAA